AUGCCGCUUGUAACUCGUAAGGGAGUGUACCCGUACGAGUACACGGAUAGCUGGGAGAAAUUGGAAGACGAAAUUGUACUGGAGAAAGACCAAUUUUACAGUACGUUGACCGAAGAAAAUAUCAAAGAUGCGGAGUACAUUCACGCGAAAAACGUAUGGAAUCAUUUCAACUGUCGUACACUUGGCGAGUACAGUGGCCUUUAUUUGAAAACCGACGUCAUGUUAUUGGUCGAUGUGUUUGAAAACUUCAGCGAUAUUUAUAUGACGACAUGCAAUUUAAAUUCGGCCUACUACUAUACGGCGCCCUGA